CCUUUGCGCGGCGGCGGGCUCUGAGCAGCGGAGCACGCGCCUCUGCGCUGGCGACCAAUAAUUCGAGCGGCGUGUCUAGUACGCGCCGUGUUGUGCGUGCGUGCGUGUGGGUCUGCUCCGCUGCUGCUUCUGUGCGGUCUCUCCCUGCCCGCAUUUCGUGCGCGUCGGAGCAGUGCCAGCCUGCGACACAGACACACACCCUUCAACACCGGCGUAAUCGGCCCCGUCGCCGUGCGAACCCCAACACCAACCAGUUCAGGCGAACAAGAACACCGCCGGAUACGCAGUUUCCAACCAAGCGAGCACCGAGCGAGCCGGGGCUGUAGCCGCGGCCAUCGCUGCCGCUGUACGCAGCAGCUGCGGAGCACCGGAGAACCGCCGCUGCGGCUAACCGUAAGCCAGGAGUAAUCGGAGCAGGCCAUGACGUCGUCGUCGGCGGCGGGCGGAGGAGGCCUGCCCCCGGCGCGGGGCCUGUACGACCCCCAGCUGGAGCGCGAGUCGUGCGGCGUCGGUUUCAUCGUCAGCAUCGAGGGCGUACCCUCGCACAAGAUCAUCCAAGAUGCGGAGACUAUGUCUCGGCGCAUGGAGCAUCGUGGAGCCUGUGCCUGCGACAACAACACGGGUGACGGAGCCGGCGUCAUGAUGGCCGUCCCCGACAAGUUCUACCGCAAGAGGCUCAGGGAGGAGCUGAACAUAGUGCUGCCCCCGGCAGGGCACUAUGCCACGGGCGUCUGCUUCCUGGAACAAAUGACAGCUCCUGAAGCAGAGAGGAGGUUCGAGGAAGAGGCCCUGGCCAACAACCUUAAGGUUCUCUGCUGGAGGACCCUGCCCACAGAUGACGGAACCCUGGGCUCGGUGGCCCGUUCCACAGAGCCCUACAUGCGCCAGGUAUUUGUGGUGCCCACCGGUGGACAGGCAGGCAACGAUUUCAAGCGAGACGUGUUUGUCCUCCGGAAAGUCACCUCCCACAAGAUCCCCAGUGAUAAGCUGCGCUACUAUAUCUGCAGCCUGUCACCGGACACUAUCGUAUACAAGGGUCAGCUGACAACCACCCAGUUGUGGCGUUACUUCUUGGACCUCCAGGACCCCCAGUGCGAGACGUACUUGGCCCUCGUCCACGCCCGCUUCUCGACAAACACCUUUCCCAGCUGGGAGAGGGCCCACCCUCUGCGGCUUUUGGCUCACAAUGGAGAGAUCAACACGCUCCAGGGCAACGUGAACCUGAUGCACGCCCGUGAGGGUGUUAUGCACACGUCCAUUUUUGGGGACCGGCUCCGAGAGCUGUACCCUGUGGUCGAGCCCAACCUGUCCGACUCUGGCAGUGUGGACACAGUGCUCGAGUUCCUUGUCAUGGCUGGCCAACGCACUCUUCCUGAGGCGGUCAUGACUAUGGUGCCCGAGGCGUGGCAAAACAAUGAGCAGAUGAACGUUGAGAAGCGGCAGUUCUACCAAUGGAGUGGCUGCGCUAUGGAACCCUGGGAUGGUCCAGCAUUGCUGACCUUCUCGGAUGGCCGUUACAUUGGGGCCAUCCUUGACCGAAACGGACUGCGGCCAUCGCGCUACUACAUCACCAAGGACAACUACAUGGUGAUGGCAAGUGAAGUAGGUGUGCUCGACAUUCCGUCUGAGAUGAUUGUGCAGAAGGGUCGUCUGCGGCCUGGACGCAUGCUGCUCGUAGACACCCUGGAGAAGAAUGUCACCAAGGAUGAGGAACUGAAGUUGCAGAUUGCCCGCCAGAGGCCUCUGGGUGAUUGGCUUAAAGAAAUGUUCACUUUGGCGGACUUGCAUGAAGCAGCGGGUCCCGUUCACGUGCCGGGAUUGCGUCGCCAGGACACGAGCACCUUUGCCAAGAGCAGCAAGGUGUUCCAAGACUUGAGACUGCCCCUGUUUGGCUACUCUCCGGAGACCAUCAACCUCCUGCUGCUUCCCAUGGUCCAGACUGAGAAGGAAGCCCUUGGCUCCAUGGGUAAUGAUGCUGCACUGGCAUGCUUGUCACUGUGCCAGCCACUCAUUUACGACUACUUCAAGCAGCUAUUUGCCCAAGUCACCAACCCACCAAUUGAUCCAUUCCGAGAGAAGAUCGUCAUGUCUCUGGCCUGCCCAAUUGGACCAGAGGCCAACAUUCUGGAGCCGAGCCCAGCCCAGUGCCGGCGCUUGUGGCUUGAGCAGCCCAUCCUCUCCCUGCGUGACAUGGAGGUCAUCAAGGAGACCACAUACAAAGGGUGGAGGACGAAGCAGAUUGACAUUGUGUUCUCUGCGAGCGAAGGAGGCGCAGGCCUCCUGAAUGCCAUCCGGCGCAUCUGCGAUGAGGCCUGCACAGCUGCAAAGUACGGCUACACACUCAUCGUCCUCUCAGACCGCAAGGCUGGCAAGGACUUCAUACCUGUCAGUGCGGCUAUGGCACUGGGCGCUGUCCACCAUCACCUCAUCACCAUGCGGCAGCGCAUGAAGUGUGGCCUCAUUGUGGAGACUGGGGAGGCCAGGGAAGUGCACCACAUGUGCGUCCUGCUGGGCUACGGUGCCGAUGCCAUCUGCCCGUACCUCGUGUUCGAGAUGGUCGCCACGCUGCGCUCGGAUGGCCUCCUGAACCCACCCCUCUCAGACGAGCAGGUCUUCAAGAACUAUGUGGCUGCUAUGGAACGUGGAAUUUCCAAGGUGAUGGCCAAGAUGGGCAUCUCAACAUUGCACAGCUACAAAGGGGCGCAGAUCUUUGAGGCCGUGGGCCUUGCCCAGGAAGUGAUCGAUGUCUGCUUCCGCAACACCGCCUCCCGCAUAGGGGGCGCCACAUUUGAUGUGCUGGCUCGGGAGUUGGUCCAGCGCCACGACUUGGCCUAUUUGGGCCGCGAGUUCGACAACCUGAUACUCCGCAAUUCUGGCUUCUACCACUGGCGUAACGGCGGCGAGAGCCACGUCAACGACCCGCUCAGCGUAGCCACCCUGCAGGAAGCUGCCACGUCCAACAGCAAGGAUUCAUGGAAUCGCUACAUUGAGAAUGCUAUGAAGAGCAUUCGACAGUGCACGCUCCGUGGACAGUUUGAGUUUAACUAUGCCAGUACUCCUCUCGACAUUUCACAGGUUGAGCCUGCCAAGGAGAUUGUCAAGCGCUUUGUGACAGGCGCCAUGAGCUUUGGCAGCAUCUCUAUUGAGGCACACACUACGCUGGCCAUCGCCAUGAACCGUGCAGGUGGCAAGUCCAAUACGGGUGAGGGCGGGGAGAACGCUGAGCGCUGGGCACUCCAGCACCCAGACAACAACAAGCGCUCUGCCAUCAAGCAGGUUGCUUCGGGGAGGUUUGGCGUGACAGCUGCCUACCUGGCCAACAGCGAUGAGCUUCAGAUCAAGAUGGCUCAGGGAGCCAAGCCAGGGGAGGGCGGUGAGCUGCCUGGAUACAAGGUGAGCAAGGACAUCGCCAAGACCCGGCACUCCGUUCCCGGUGUGGGCCUCAUCAGUCCUCCACCUCACCAUGACAUCUAUUCCAUUGAGGACCUGGCUGAGCUGAUCUACGACCUCAAGUGCUCAAACCCCAAUGCUCGCGUCUCUGUCAAACUGGUGUCCGAAGUUGGCGUGGGAGUGGUCGCUUCUGGUGUGGCCAAGGGCAAGGCAGAGCACAUCACCAUCUCGGGCCACGACGGAGGCACGGGAGCGAGCAGUUGGACGGGCAUCAAGGGUGCGGGCCUGCCCUGGGAGCUGGGCAUUGCCGAGACCCACCAGACGUUGGUGCAGAACGACCUGCGCUCGCGCAUUGUUCUGCAGGCUGACGGGCAGAUACGCACAGGCUUUGAUGUGAUGGUGGCUGCCAUCUUGGGUGCGGACGAGUUCGGCUUCUCGACUGCACCGCUAAUCGUCAUGGGCUGCACCAUGAUGCGCAAGUGCCACCUGAACACCUGCCCUGUUGGCAUAGCAACACAGGACCCUGAGCUGCGGAAGAAGUUUGAAGGGAAGCCAGAGCAUGUGGUCAACUUCCUCUUCCUCCUAGCCGAGGAGGUGCGAGGCUAUCUGGCUAAGCUUGGCUUGCACAGCCUGCAGGAGGCUGUCGGCCGCACUGACCUCCUGCGUGCUGCCCCCUUCGAGGGCAACCCCAAGGCGAAGCUCCUCAACCUCGACACCAUUCUCCUCAAUGCAUUGAGCCUCAGACCUGGAACCAACAUUCGUGGGGGCAGCAUUGCACAGGACUUUGAGCUUGGCAAGCGCAUGGACAACUUGCUCAUCAAGCAGUCCAAGGCGGUGCUUGAGGGUCGAUCCAAGGAGGUCACUCUGCACAUGGACAUCACCAAUGAAGACCGAGCGUUCGCCACCACGCUGAGCUACCACAUCGCCAAAAAGUAUGACGAGGAGGGCCUGCCUGAGGGAUCUCGCAUCAGCGUGUUUCUCAAGGGCUCUGCGGGGCAGAGCUUCUGUGCCUUCUUAUCGCGGGGGGUCUACGUGACCUUGGAAGGCGAUGCCAAUGACUAUGUUGGGAAGGGGCUGUCAGGAGGGGAGCUGGUGAUAUUCCCACCCAAAGACCUGCCGCCCGAAUUCAAGUCUGAAGAGAACGUGAUCGUCGGCAACGUGUGCCUCUAUGGUGCCACAUCGGGCCGAGCGUUCUUCCGCGGCGUUGCGGCUGAACGCUUCUGCGUGCGCAACUCAGGCGCCACUGCAGUCAUUGAGGGCGUGGGUGACCAUGGUUGUGAGUACAUGACUGGUGGCCUGACUGUCAUCCUUGGGCCUACAGGCAGGAACUUUGCCGCUGGCAUGUCUGGUGGCAUCGCCUACGUUCUUGACGUGGAUGGCACGUUCCGGAACAAGUGCAACGCCAUCAUGGUUGACCUGUUACCACUGGAGCUGGCCGAGGACCUGGACCAGGUGGAGUCCCUGAUCCGCGAGUUCUAUGACCUGACGGGCUCUGCAGUCGCGGCCUCGCUCCUCUCCAAGUGGCCUGACUCGGCCAAACUUUUUAUCAAGGUGUUCCCGAAGGAGUACCAGCGGGCGCUGAAGCAGAUAGCAGAGGAGAAGGCGGCGCUCUCGAUGCAGAACGACCGAGUUGCUCCGCCCGCACCCACCCCUGCGGUGACGGAGAAAGUGAGCGACAUCGAGGAGGUGGUGGCGGAUGGUGAUGCCAAGAAGAAGCAGCUUGAGAACCUUGACAAAAUCCGGGGCUUCAUGAAGUACAAGCGUGAGACGGAGCCGUAUCGGCCAGCAAUGCAGCGUAUGCAGGACUGGAAGGAGAUCUACAAUCGGCAAGGAGUCCGCAAGAACAUCCGCGUACAGGCUGCCAGGUGCAUGGAGUGUGGUGUUCCAUUCUGCCAGUCAUCUCAUGGCUGCCCCCUGGGCAACAUCAUCCCCAAGUGGAAUGACCUCGUCUUCCGGCAAGACUGGAAGGAGGCCCUGGCCCAACUGCUGCAAACAAACAACUUCCCAGAGUUCACUGGCCGAGUAUGUCCAGCUCCGUGCGAGGGAUCCUGUGUGCUUGGCAUAAACGAGCCAGCAGUGACCAUCAAGAACAUUGAGUGUGCCAUCAUCGACCAUGCCUUUGAGCAAGGCUGGAUUCAUGCUGAUCCACCAUCGCAGCGUACAGGCAAGAAAGUUGCCAUUGUGGGUGGUGGACCAGCCGGUUUGGCUGCAGCUGCUCAACUUAACAAGGCUGGUCACGAGAUCACCGUCUUUGAGAGGAAUGACCGCGUCGGCGGCCUGUUGCAGUACGGCAUACCUACCAUGAAACUGGGAAAAGACGUCGUGAAGAGGCGCGUUGACCUGAUGGCCGAGGAAGGCAUCACAUUCAAAACCUCGACAGACGUGGGCAAAGACGUGGCCAGCGGAGACCUGAUGUCCCAGUUCGAUGCCCUGCUCCUAACCACAGGAUCAACAUGGCCACGUGAUCUCCCCAUCCCUGGCCGUCACCUGGAGGGCAUCCACUUUGCCAUGAGCUUCCUGGAGACUUGGCAGAAGAAGCAGAUGGGCAACGACAUCGACCACCUGCCGCUGUCGGCCCGCAACAAGGAUGUCAUUGUCAUCGGUGGUGGGGACACCGGUGUAGACUGCAUCGCCACCUCACUGCGACAGGGUGCGCGGAGCAUUGUGACCUUCGAGAUCCUGCCGCAGCCCCCUCCACAGCGUGCAGAGGGCAACCCGUGGCCCCAGUGGCCUCGCAUCAUGCGCGUGGACUAUGGUCAUGAGGAGGUCCGCCUCAAGUAUGGCCAGGAUCCACGACACUACAGCAUCCUCAGCAAGGAAUUCCUGGACAAUGGUCAGGGCCACGUUUCGGGCAUCCGGACAGUGCAGGUCAAGUGGACCAAGGAUGCCACGGGCCGCUGGAACAUGGAGGAGCUGCCAGACACUUCCAAAGUCUUUAAGGCUGACCUGGUGCUACUGGCCAUGGGGUUCCUGGGUCCCGAGAAAUACCUCAUCGACGAGCUGAGCCUGGAGCAAGACCCGCGGUGCAACAUUCGCACCCCAGCCAACUCGUACCGCACGUCGGUGCCACGGGUCUAUGCCGCCGGGGACUGCCGCCGAGGCCAGUCUCUUGUGGUGCACGCCAUCAACGAGGGCCGCCAAGCUGCCCGGCAAAUUGACCUAGACCUCGCCGGGAAGAGCCUGCUUGCGGGUCCCGGAGGCAUCAUUCCUUUCACGUACGAGCUCGCCUUCGGCUCGUAAACAGCCACGUCCGGGGCUGCAGUAGUUGCUCGGACUGUCGUACGUUUUCGUUCCGCGGUUUACCUGCCCGGGUUUUCUGCCAAGAGUAGGUAGUGUGUGCGCCCUCGAGCGCCCUCAACAGACCCACGCUGCGUGCGCGGAUGCUGACUGAGGCCAAGAUUCCCUUCUCGUGCAAGCUCUUGGCAUCGGCAGCUAAGCAGCGACCUCCGCUGUGUCUCCAGCUGUGGCUCUUACUGUCGUACGUUUUCGUUCUGCAGUUUGCAUUGGGAAUGCCACUGAAGCGUAAGUAGUGCUUGCGGUCAAAGGUUUGUGAGCACUCUAUUAAUUUACGAUGUCUCAAGAGUGCCAACAAGGGUUGAGAGACGGCUUUGGGCGGGCUGCAGCCUCUUCAGUCCCAGAAAGAGCCUUUGUUUGAGGUGCUGGUGUUGCGGGUUCGGUGAAGGCAGUCCAGGCACGUGAGUGCACACGCACACCACUCCUGCUGGAACGAGCUGGGGCUUCUGGCACUAAAACUGGGGUGCCUACAUAGUGUCAUCGCUCUGGUUGCAUCUCGGCAGCGGAAGCAAAGCGAUUCAAAAGCAAAGCGAAAAAAAAAAUUAACUUGUAGAGAACAAAUAUAAAAAAUGUAGCACCCAGUUUUAAGUUCUCAACACAGUGAUUACAAACAUUGUGGCAAGUUGUAUUUUUUACUUUGGUUCUGUUCUCAGUUACACCAAGCUUAUUGGCUGAUUCUAGAGAUAAAGAUGGCGCAAAGGUGAUGUUCAAGCCAGCAACAGAUUGUGUGACAAAGAGGCUAGAAGAAUGUCGCAUCGUCGGGCUCAAGCUACGGGCUGCUUAAAUGAACAGAAUGUCCAUUGUGCCAAGCAGGAUAUUCUGGAACAUCUCGGGAACGCAAUUAACGAUCUUGCAUAGGAUGAUGCAUGGUAGAGUAAAAAGCUCUGAUGCUGAUGCUGGCUGUAGGUGGAUCCAGCCUUGCAGGAAUUGAUGGCAGUGGCUUUCUUCCAGUGCUGCUUUUUGAAGGCAACGGCUAAGCACACCCGACAACUAUGCUACGCUGGCAGAAUAAAUGACGUUAGUGUCUAAUGUCUUACAUUAAGUGCCACGAGCUCUUGUUCUAACUGCUUUGGAAGAAAGGAAGCCCUUGUGUUAGCAGCUUCAACAAUGGUGCAUCUGUCACUGUCUGCAGUUCGUGUAUCUUGCGCAUGCGUGCCUGGACUUAAUUUCCCGUGAUGUCGCAGCUCUAAACGUGGCAUUGCAGCUGCUGGUAUUAUUUUAUAUUCGUUUUUGUUACUGUUGAUGUCUACCGUUGCCGUGUUUUACUUGUGUUUCUGCACAAACACGAAUUGAGAUGUAAUGAAAAUAAAAGAAAAAAGCGCACCGAAAAACUCUUGUGGACAUUUUGACAGCCUGAAUCCAAUUCACUUCUAACAAAACAAUGGCAUGCACUCUCGGAAGGUGCAGUGAAAGCGGUUGUGUUGUUUUUAUUUGAAUGUGCACCCAGUGAGCGUGUUGUGCCACUGACCUGCCCUGUACUUUUUUCUCGUGCUACAAGAAAAGCUUCUAAACUUUUAAAGCGGAAAAUUUCAGUACUGGGCUUUUGUAUGGCAAGGAUUAAUUGCUUUUGUCUGUGUACAGCUAUGCCAUUGCUAUUAAGUUUUAUCUUUACCCAAGAUCUCUUUCUGUUCUCUUAUCUGGGUGCAUACCCGAAAGUUCGGCAUCAGCUUAGAUUGGGAGGUGGUGUAUUGUCUUAAUUCACAAAGCUACAAAGUGGGGCAUUACUAUAGCUGUUUAUUUUAUCUAGAAUGAUGCCUUUAAUGGCCACCAGUUGGCACAGAUAAAAUUUGUUCCUGUCUACAAUGAUUUGCAAACAAUAUUAGUCGAGAGCAUGAUUUUAAACAGUGUCCUGGGAGUUGCGUGUUAUGUAUUUAGAAUAAUAAUGAAGCCCUUUCCACAAGUAGUGCAUAUUGUUAUUUUGUUUCGAGAGCUUGUAUCUAGAAAGUUAGUCUGGUCACUCGGAAGUAACACACCAAUCUUGAUGAGGUAACUUGCGUCGUGGUGGUUUCAUAUAACCACUUGAGCUCUAGACCCUCUAGUUUAGCUAUUGGCACCUGAUAAGAAGCCAAACAGUGAAGAUUGUCAGAAAGUAGGUACCAAACAAAAAAAAAGAAAGUAAGCCAAAGAAACGUGUGGCACACCAGUGGCAACUAAUGCUCAUUUAAUUUCUUAUCACUCCUCUAAAGAAAUAAUGACUGAAUAUAUUGUUAAGCACUAUGGCUUAACCUGCUGUAGUUGUCUAAAGCCUAGCCUCAAGCACAUAUAAACAUUGUCACCAAAUUUAUCAGAAGAGCUCCUGCUGAGUUUGCAUCCAAGCUACCAGGAGCCUAAAGGCAUUAGGAGUUCUGUGUCCUUGUAUGUGUCAUCUUUAGCAUGACUCACACAUUGGCUUAACUGUUUUUAAUAGAUGCUGACAAGUGCUGCGAAUAGCAAUUGGUUGGGCAAUAAACAUGGCACUCAUUUUUGUAGUGGUUGUAACAAGCAUAACUUGUUGCGUUCAUAACAAACGUAACACAAAACAUGCGGUUAGAGGUCUGCGUAACAAAAUUUAUGCAAUUUCCGUAGCGUAGCUCGUAUGCAUACGUACAUACAGCGACUAAAUUAAGAUUUCUUGUUCUCAAAAUCAUUUGAAUGUUGGAGAAAAAAAAGUCUAUGACCAUUUAUCGAGCUGGCAUGAGCUUUUCUCUUCAGCUGUUUCAGGCAGCACGGUAAAGGGACAAACACACGGUGCUAGUACCGGUGCAGUGUCUGCAAUACAUAUGCACAUGAACACGAUGCAUGUGUAAAAAGCAUCUUUCUUUUUUUCCCACAUGCUUGUGUCCUCAUCUAUGUCACAGCACUAACUUCUGUGUACACUCUGCGCCGUUGAGUAGCAGCAACCUUUCUCUUUUUGCUUACUUUUUCAACCACUGGGCCUAAAACAAUGUGAAGCAAAUUCUAUCACCAGCUUUGCACAAAGACACUGUGAUUGAAAGCACGUUGUAAUAGCCAUGACUGGAGUGCCAGCCUAUUAGCAGAACGUUUCGCAAGGUUUCUCAUUUCAUAAGGUUUCCCAAGGUGGCUCGGGAGACUUUUGCUUGUGUGUGCCUGACUGGUUUGAGUUAGUGGGACUGCCCGAAAAAGUUUGAGGAAUUUGCUCAGCCUAACAAUCAUUCAGCAGUCUAUUGUCAUAUUAGCGAGCUUUCAUAUUCUUAUGCACGUGCACUUUCGAACCAACAAGCUGUAGUGAUGUCGGAAGCUGGCACUAUAAAGGUGCACUGGUGGAAGGUCCUGUUCGGGCACACUGCUGCUCGCACUUCGGCUAUAGUUUGCUGAAGCCGUGGAGUUUGCCAGUCAUCUGCAGCGCAAGAUAGCGGGUCUGACGAGUGAGACACAAAAGUACGCAAGGUGCACUCGUGUCCUCUUUCAUUUGUCAGGUGGUCUUGCACCGUAGAUUUGAAUAUAGUGCUCGCGCUUUAAUCGAGUGCAUUAAACCCCAUAUAUAUAUAUCUGUGCCUGCCAGAUCACCCAAGCUACCCCGUUAUCACUAGGGGUACUACUCGUGCGGGGUACAGUAACUCUAGUUUUGCAUAAUAAUGGCCUUUGUCCCUGCUACUGUUAAAGAAUUGGACAUGGAAAAUGACAAGGAACAGUUGGUGCUCUAGUAACAGAUCGUACGAGUGGUAGCAGCAGGUAACAACGUGCAAAAAAAAAAAACGCAGUAUACAGUGAAACCCUGUUACAACAAAGUUGCAUGUCACGUGAAAAUACAUUAUAUUCAAUAUUCGUUAUAAGCACGUAUUUCUUGCAUGCCGAUAUUAGCAAUAAGCGUUUUAUAUUUACUUCUCUAUAUCCGUAUUUGUUAAAUUGGAGGUUCAACUAGUAUGUCACUUAAAAUGUGGAUGCAGCUUUUUUGUUUCUUGCUUUCCCUGUGCAUUUGUUGCUGUCAGUGAGGUUAACACAAGGUGUAAUGUGGAAGUUGAAGCUUCCAGCGAGCAACCAUGCGCCAGUGGCGCCCCCAGUGGUAAUGUAGUGCAGCGCGAGCAACAGUGCUUCUCCGCUGUGUCAGAGAUAUAGCUUGGCAGGCACAGGGCUGUUUAAACAGGGCCAUGUCAAGUGUAACCAUAUUACAUAUCGUUUGUUGUCAUUGUUGCUGUUAUACCGUCGUUAAGAGGCUGUCGGCCACCCCCUGUGAUGCUAUAGCUGUGGCACCACAUAGUUUCGCCGUCUGGCUUGUACCGUGUUGUGACCUGUGCCCACUUGUUAGCCGCUUGCCAGCAAUACUACUCGCAGCAGCAGCAGCAACGCAUGUCGCGUGGCCGGUACGUUUUGAGUCUUUCAUAGUGUGGUGCUCCUUGGGCUUCCGCUUUGUCUCUUCUGUAUUUUUUUUUUCUCUGUCUCCUCGAUGUUGGGAGAACUGUUGUACUUUCCUCGUACAGUUUCGGGCCAGAUUCGUGAGCUCGAAGUCAUUUCUCCUAUGAUCUAUGGCCCAGGUGGUCGUUCAUUGCGGUAAAACUGCCAGGAAUAGUGGAAGAAAAAAAAAAAGUCACAGUAAGUCGAGAACAAUCUUUAGUGUGAGACCGCUUCACAGGGCAGUGGUAAGGGCUGAUGAUACAUAUGUGUUGUUUUUGUGUGUUUGAACGUUUAUGAUGGCUAUUGAUUCUUGGUCACUCAUGCUGUUCGUAAGAGGCAGUCUCUCUGGGGAGAGCAUGUGGCGAAGCAUCUGUUCUUGCUGGCAACCUGGCAUCCAGCCUGCCCAGGCAGCCUGAGCUUCAUUGCAUUAUUUUGUUAUACUCGGCAACAGUGGACCCACAAACCAGUGGGCCCACUGUUGCCGAGUGUUCACUGCAUUGGCAUUGCUCUGUGAAACACUGCAUAAUUAAGACAGACAUGCGUGGACAGUCCUUCCUGUUGAGCCGGUGCCUCAAUCACAUUGGUAGCUCGCACAGAGGCAGCAUGUUGCAGUGCAUUUUGUUUAAUCCAGUGCUUUGGGGCAGCACUAGCCUGUUUUGUUUAGAAUAAAUCAUAAGGACUUGUUGUCCGGGCAGAUGCUGUGUUUUGUCCAAACAGUGGCAGAUGGCACCACCACUGCUUUAACUGAGGUAAUUUUUCGGUCGUCCUGCAUCACCACAGAGAUAUAUGUGUAGCUGCAAUUCAUUCUAGAUGAAGCAAGUAUUGCCUUCAAACAAGGUAUUGAACAAAAGAACGCAACAAAAUUCUACUUCCGUGUUGAAAUUGGAUGCAUAUGAGCCAGUUAUUUAGCUGACAAGGGUGACUUAUAUGUGUAUCUCUUAUUUACGCAGCCGUCUGUGUGUAGGUGCAAAGAUGUGCCAGACAUUGUGUGGCCUUCCAGUUUGGUUCGUCGGCCAAUCAAAACAGACAAAAAUAACAGGCUCGUGUUGAAAUGGAAUACAAAAGAGUGAUCUUGCACCACGUAGCACAUGAGGAUGCAGUAUGUUGCCCAGUGACACCAACAGCACUUAUUAACACUUUAUAUUACACAGCUCCGAACUGCCACUGAGCUCUCCCCAAAGGGGUCCAGGAUGGGUUACGCGGCACUGUUGUGCAGGUGCAUGCUUGUCAUCAUUUUGGGUGAUCCGUUGAACGUGUACUUAACGACGCAUGUACUUCGUGAUAUAUAGUGAAUGUUGUUCCUUGUCCUGAACAUCACAUCACUGAAUGUUACUGUCUCAGCCUGAGUACUUAAGUUUCUUCAUUCGGGGUUCGAGCAUAGCCUUUGAACCUUGGUGCUGAUCUCCCUGGUUUUCCCUAAAGUGUCGUCCUUGACAAAAUUUGAAGUGGGCUUAGCGAUUGCUUUAAAUAACCAAUCAUACGCUUCUGGGUUGUAUGUACACCUUGUCUUGUGCAGAUGUGUUGCGUUUCCUUCGUAAAUGAGUCAUAUGUGUAUACUGAAUGUUGCGUUGUUCAGUCGACAUGACAAGAGCAAGGAUGCGCGCUGAUGCUGUACACACAAUCAGCUCAUGCCUUUCAUUUGCAAGAAGUGUCACUUUGGUUAACCUUGUGAAAUGCAUGGUUCGUCAAAGAUAGUGAACCACUGACAUAUGAAUGUACUUACAUAACUUCCCUGCUUUGGGAUAUUAAAUCCUGUGAAUCAAUUAUAUAUAACUCCCUAGAGCCUUUGAUUUCUUAAAAUAGCAAAGCAGCAAAAGAAAUUCAUUGCAGUACUUGUAAAAUUUUGCUUUAGUCAAAAAUUCUUGUGGCUUCUCUGUGGCACCACAAAAAAAAAGGGGGGGGGGGCAGGUGAUGGCAUUGGUAAGAUACAUAAAGACACACAAGCAUUUCAGUACAUUUCAGUAGCGUGCUUCUUUUUUUGUUAUAACUUUCGGGAAGUAGCACAUGGUGGUACUUGGCAUGAUGGUGUGAAGCAUUCAGCCAUCAAGCAGAACUUGUGUGGUUUGAAAGGACCAUUUCACACCACGGAAAAGAGAGACAAACAACAGAAAACACAGUGUAGGGAUCAGCUAAACUGUAAGUUUUAAACGAGGUGUGCAUUCUAGGAAAACAGUAUGCGUUUUCUGAGAACCUUGUGUGGCGUGUAGCUCCACCCAGAACCAUUGCCUCUGCAUGGACGCUCGGAAUGACUUUGCAAAUAAAGUGAAAAUAAACGUGUCAGCACAGCUCUCGUUUUAAACAAAAGAUGUCAGUAUAAACACGACUAUGCGAGCAGCGUAGACGUGUUACUGUAAGGCCACAUCUGCAGUGUCAACUCUGUUGACAGCCACCGAUGACUAGAGGCCGCAGACCUAGUUCACUGGUUGGUUCUUGUGACACGACUGCGUGCAGCUCAUAAUAAAGCACCUAUGUUGGUCAGAACAAUGUGUAUGGAAUUAUGUCGCACUUAAAUUGCAAUACAUUUGAUUUUAUCGAUGCCGAUGAAAGCGAACGAGCAAGCCAGGUGAGCUUGCGAUCGCUGAGAGACGGUAUAGGCCUAACUCACUGGCUGCCGGAUCUGGGGCCAACAGCCCAUGAAUUUCGGUCCGCGACUGAGCAAAGGCGCCCCCACAAACUUUCUUAGGUUAUCUUUCACUUUAGGGGGGAGGGAGGAGGGCUUGCAUGGAAUUUCGCGGUAUAUUUGUUACAUGCUGAUGUCGGCAACUAACAUUCCAGCUUAACUUUCGUUGUGUUCGGUAAUUUGUUAUGUGCGAUAAUUUAUUGCAUUGGUGUUCGUUAUAUUCAGGUUCGAUUUCUCUUUGGUGAAAUUACACUUCAGGCUUUUCAGUCGAGCAGUGUAGUGACUAGUUUUAUGUGUAAUGAACAAAGCAUAUUAUAAAAGUAUUGGCAGUCUGUUUUAUACCUUAAAGAAAGUGAUGUUUGGACUUCUCACAAGGUAAAAUAAUCUACCCUGUAUAGCUUACUUCGUGUCAGAUAUGGACUCUUUUAACUGAAACUGCCAGUGUGUCAUGAAGUCUCAUCUUUCCUUUGACAGUUUGAAGUUAAUGUGUUAUCUGGUUUUUCUGUGUGUGCAAAUAUUUAGAAGCUAAAAGUCAUUUCAGAGAAUUGUAAGGAAAGUCAGCACUACCAAAAAAGCUGGUCAUUACGUGUCAUUACAAUGGACUAGCAAUUUGCAUUUGCGACACUUUUCUUGGUCAUGACUGAUUAAAAGCAGUCAUUAGUCAGUUACCCAUGUUAUAGUUCUGUUUUGUUAUUGGCAUAUAAAAGGGAAAUUGAGUGUCGGUUAGAAAAGCUGCCUUACUCAAUAUCAUUUGGAUUGGUAACCCCUGUUUAAUGUGCAUUUUCUAAAGUAUUAAGACUUUCUUGUGACCAUUAUUUGGACAUGCACACCUGAAGAAGUGCCAUUUUCGAGAAAGCUAUUCUGAUUUGCGGGUUUUAUAUCUGGCAAAUCUUCAAGAGCAAGGCAAAAAUAAUUUUGUAUGCCUCUGCCUGAUAACCACAGCCAUGUGAGGGACACCAUUCACAACACCUCGCCAUAGUUUUAUCUGCCACUAGCAAUGAAAUUUGCAGCUAAAAACUUGCAGAAGUUGUCUGACUACUUAUGUGACUGCAUGUUUUUGCAAUGUGCACUGCAAUUUUGUGAAAUUACGUGACAUGUCUCAUCGCAGGAACAUAAUUUUCAAGAUUGAUAGGUUUCAAGACUUUUGCUUAAUGUCACUGGUAGAUCCCACUCCCAUCACUGUGUUUAUAAAGGAGGACAAGAGGGUAUUCUUUCUUCUGGCUUAAGCUGCAUUUGUAGAUCAACUCUUAAGAGAGCAACUGAAACAAUUUAGCUUUGACUAAAGUUAGUCUAUGCACAUUUAGUUUAACAAAAAUAAGUCGCUUCAAUUGCCUUAGCUUAGUAAGCUUAGUUAGUAAGUACCACAGUUUUGUAGCUGCAACACAGCAACAUCAUUUUUCAAGCUUAAUUGGCUGCAGUACAGAAUAUGCAGAAGCUUGGCAAAAAUGCAGAUUACUGGCUGUAGUCAGGUGGAACAUGCUGUGUAAUAUGUUCUCACUUACUCAGGUUUGAUGUGCAUAAGGCAAAUUAGCAAGUCCAUUUCAUGAUCCAUGGCACAUUUAUUUACUGCAAACCAUCACACAUUUACAACAUAUAAGUCUGUACAAAAGAUUUAUGUAAAGAAGCACUAACAUUCAAUGGUUUGUUAAGCUUAAACAGCUAUGUCGUGGCAUGGCCUGUUCUAGUAUGCACACCUUGUGACAUGUAAAUUCAGCUGCGUCUUUUCUGGGUGCCUUUUAAAUGAAACAUUAAUCCUAAACAUUUUGAGCUGCUGCUGUCUACUGGAAACUAAUGAAAAAAAAAAGACUGACUUAGUUCUGCACCUAAAAUGGGAGAGAUAUCUUUAAGGUCAUCAGCCCUGUAAAAGUAGUUGAGGAAUGUUCUGUUACAGCCAACUUCAUAUGUUGAGGUUUAUCAGCAUAUGAGUGUCUGGUCUUAUACUGAUAUGUACACACUUGAAUAUGUACUUGAUACAUUGGUUCUGGCAGCUGUGUGAACCUAGUCCGGGCAGAAAACUAACUUCUGCUAGUCCAUGUGUAAGAACCUUGCAUAUACUAUACGUAGUACUUUAUGAUCACCUAGUGCUGUUCAAAUGUCAGCUUUAUAUGCACGGUUCUGCACCUUACUAUCUUCGUGUGGUUUUUCUGCUGCAGUGGGCUUUAAUGCACUGUUCUGAACCACCAGUCUUUCAGUCGAUGCGUGUCAAAUGAAAAAAAAGAAUUGUGCUCUCUUAGGAUGGCAUACAGGUCCAUUUACAUCUGAGGCAAGGGGGACGCUGUUGUCCUUUGCCUGUUCUUUGCUGCUGAGUUCGCCUACUUGAUGCUUAGGCAAGAACAAAUAUUCCUCUAUAGAAGGAACGACAUGUGCCGCUUGGCACAAGUAUCUCUGAACACUCCAGGUGCCGUAGACAGUUGCUGUGUGUCAAUUUUGGUGGGCGUAUACACUGGCAAAGAGAAUUGCGUAUCAGUGUCCGUGUAAAUAGUCGUGUAAGUAGUUGUAUGGUCAGUGUAAUAAAAGCAUGAAACAGAAA